AUGGCUCAGUUGCAAGUUUCUUCUCCUGCUUCUUCAAUCCAUGCAGCUAUUCCUUCACUACAUACAACAGGGCGCCUCCUGUAUAAUCAAUUUUGGAAGGCAAAGUCUUCGUCAUUCAAAGAGUUGGGGCUGAGAACAAGCGUUGGUGCCAAUAAACUUCAAGUUAUUAAAGCAGCUGCUCGCAGUGAAACAGAGGUUGUUUCUGAAACUGUGAAAGGUGGUGGCCUACGUGGAAAACUGAAUAAGGUGGUGCUGGCCUACAGUGGUGGAUUAGACACAUCAGUCAUUGUUCCAUGGCUCAGAGAGAAUUAUGGUUGUGAAGUCGUUUGCUUCACUGCUGAUGUUGGCCAGGGUAUAAAAGAAUUGGAUGGUUUAGAACAGAAAGCCAAAGCCAGUGGGGCCUGUCAAUUAGUGGUUAAAGACUUGAAGGAGGAAUUUGUGAAAGAUUAUAUAUUUCCUUGCCUGCGUGCUGGUGCAGUUUAUGAGAGGAAGUAUUUGCUUGGGACCUCAAUGGCUCGCCCUGUAAUUGCGAAGGCCAUGGUCGAAGUUGCCAAAGAAGUUGGAGCUGAUGCCGUUUCCCAUGGGUGUACAGGGAAAGGAAAUGAUCAGGUUCGUUUUGAGCUCACUUUCUUUGCUCUAAACCCCAAGCUAAAUGUCGUGGCUCCAUGGAGGGAGUGGGAUAUUACAGGGAGAGAGGAUGCUAUUGAGUAUGCUAAAAAGCAUAAUAUACCUGUUCCUGUGACAAAGAAAUCCAUAUAUAGCAGGGAUAGGAAUCUCUGGCACCUUAGCCAUGAGGGAGAUAUUUUGGAAGACCCAGCUAAUGAGCCCAAGAAGGACAUGUACAUGAUGUCUGUAGACCCUGAGGAUGCUCCUGAUCAAGCAGAAUAUGUGGAAAUUGGGAUAGAAUCAGGGCUUCCUGUAUCAGUCAAUGGGAAGAGACUUUCACCAGCAUCAUUACUUGCCGAACUCAAUGAGAUUGGUGGAAAGCAUGGAGUUGGCAGGAUUGACAUGGUUGAGAAUCGGCUUGUAGGCAUGAAGAGCCGUGGAGUUUAUGAAACUCCUGGAGGAACCAUCUUGUUUGCUGCUGCACGUGAGUUGGAGUUUUUGACGCUUGAUCGAGAAACAAUACAAGUGAAAGAUUCAUUAGCUCUUAAAUAUGCAGAGUUAGUGUAUGCUGGCAGAUGGUUUGAUCCACUUCGGGAGUCCAUGGAUGCCUUUAUGCAGAAGAUCACAGAGACUACAACUGGUUCUGUGACUUUGAAAUUGUACAAAGGUUCUGUUACUGUGACCAGUCGUACGAGUCCCUUUAGCCUGUAUAGGCAAGACAUUUCUUCAUUUGAGAGUGGGCAGAUUUAUGAUCAAGCUGAUGCUGCUGGCUUCAUCCGGCUCUAUGGUCUUCCAAUGAGGGUUAGAGCAAUGCUUGAGCAGGGCAUCUAA